AUGACGAUUACCAGACCUAAGUAUGAAGCUGCCUGGCUGAUGCUACGGCUCGCUAGACUGUCUUCUUCCCUGAAGAACCAGAUCGACCAUACCACAACAUCGACCCACCAUGGCCAAGAGUUGUUUGAGAUGACGAUUACUACAUUGAAGAAUGAAGAUUACUGGCAUGGGCUGCAGCUCGUCCGCCUUCUUUCUUCCCUGAAGAACCAGAUCGAUCACCUCACGCUAUAA